AUGUCCACCUCCGCUGUCCAGUCGCUCUACAGGCGGUCCUUGAAGUUGGCCCUCGACUGGGCUGUCCACCGACAGGUGUGGCGCGGACAAGCAGUCUAUAUCCGAUCCCUUUUCGAAGCGAACAAGGACGUCCGUGAUCCCCGCCAACAGCAGGUUUUGUUGCGCGAAACGGAGAAGCUCUUGGAGAACUGGAAGCACCCGGAUCCUUACCGGGCACCCACUGCGCCCGGCGGAAACAAAUGGGAACGCAACCUGCCCGCUCGAAUCCUGCCCUAUGCGCAACCCCCAGGUGCUCACUAA